AGACGGGACGCUGCCUGCAGAGCAGGUCCUGCCAGCCUCUCUGGAGAGGAUGCCCCCUUGUCCGUGAUGGGCUGUGGGACAAGCAAGGUCCUUCCUGAGCCGCCCAAGGAUGUCCAGCUGGAUCUGGUCAAGAAGGUGGAGCCCUUCAGUGGCACUAAGAGUGAUGUAUACAAGCACUUCAUCACGGCGGUGGACAAUGUUGGCCCUCUCAAAGCUGGCUUCCCAGCAGCUGGUCAGUAUGCACACCCCUGCCCCGGUGCCCCCACCACUGGCCACACAGAGCCUCCCUCAGAGCCACCGCGCAGGGCCAGGGUGGCUAAGUACAGGGCCAAGUUCGACCCACGUGUGACAGCUAAGUACGACAUCAAGGCCCUCAUUGGUCGAGGCAGCUUCAGCCGAGUGGUACGUGUGGAACACCGGGCAACCCGGCAGCCGUAUGCCAUCAAGAUGAUUGAGACCAAGUACCGGGAGGGGCGGGAAGUAUGUGAGUCUGAACUGCGUGUGCUGCGCCGGGUGCGUCACGCCAACAUCAUCCAGCUGGUGGAGGUGUUUGAGACACAGGAGCGUGUGUACAUGGUGAUGGAGCUGGCUACUGGUGGAGAGCUUUUCGACCGCAUCAUUGCCAAGGGUUCCUUCACUGAGCGUGAUGCCACUAGGGUGCUGCAGAUGGUGCUGGAUGGUGUCCGGUAUCUGCAUGCACUGGGCAUCACACACCGAGACCUCAAGCCUGAGAAUCUGCUCUACUACCACCCAGGCACUGACUCCAAGAUCAUCAUCACCGACUUUGGCCUGGCCAGUGCCCGCAAGAAGGGUGACGACUGCCUGAUGAAGACCACUUGCGGCACACCUGAGUACAUUGCACCCGAGGUGCUGGUCCGCAAACCCUACACCAACUCAGUGGACAUGUGGGCGCUGGGCGUCAUCGCCUACAUCUUGCUCAGUGGCACCAUGCCCUUUGAGGACGACAACCGCACCCGGCUGUACCGACAGAUCCUCAGGGGCAAGUACAGUUACUCGGGGGAGCCCUGGCCCAGUGUGUCCAACCUGGCCAAGGACUUCAUUGACCGCCUGCUGACAGUGGACCCUGGAGCCCGUAUGACUGCACUGCAGGCCCUGAGGCACCCGUGGGUGGUGAGCAUGGCAGCCUCUUCAUCCAUGAAGAAUCUUCACCGCUCCAUCUCCCAGAACCUGCUCAAACGCGCCUCCUCGCGCUGCCAGAGCACCAAAUCUGCCCAGUCCACACGUUCCAGCCGCUCCACACGCUCCAACAAGUCGCGCCGUGUGCGGGAGCGCGAGCUGCGGGAGCUCAACCUGCGCUACCAACAGCAUUACAAUGGCUGAGCCACUGGCUGUGGUACAGACAUGGCACGGUCGCAGCCUGGCCACGCAUUGCUAUGCCAUCUGGGCCCAGCACCCUCUUUGGAGAUAGGCCAAUACAGCUGGCGGUAGGUGGAGAAUGUCUUGCCCCAGUCCCUUCUCUGUGCCUUCAGCAGCCCCCAUCCUCACCAUGGGCCGGCGCCUGGUGUGACAGAGUGGUGGCCAUGCGCCCCCCUCUCCCCCGCCGAACUGGGAGCCUCACCUGGCACCGAUAUCCCUUUUGGUGGGCAACUGCUCUGAUAUGAGUUGGGGAAAGGGAUAGGACCUGGCCUUCACUGUCUCCCUCACUCUUUGGCUCUUCUCCAGACCAAAGGGGCCUUUAGUGCUGGGUGGAGGGUGUCCUAUGGCCCCAGGACCCUUUGGGACAAUUACUCCUGGAAUUCCUUUUCCUCCACAGAGCCUUCCUCCCUGGCUUCCACAUUCUGUGGCAUCCUGAUCCUCAAGACUAUGCUCCAGUGGGGUGCCCAGGUAGGCACAAAGCUUGUGCCUUGAUGGAGCCUCAGCCCCUGGCUAGAUCCAAACAGUCCCCUACCUCCCAACUAAGAUCUGUUUUCCUUCAUGGCACCCCAAGGGACCUCUCCUGGCCCCAGGACUCUCCAGGACCUCUGGUGGUAGGGCCAUGGCAUGGACCCUAGCCCUUCUGGACUCUGUGGUCAUGCUGGUGGUAGGAUUGCCCCAGGCUCCCACCACACUCUAUGAGGGGGUGCCUGCCCACCAGCCCACAACCCUCAGUGCCUUCUUUGCAGACCUCACCAUUACCUCCCUUGCCUCCUUGGAUGCCCAUUCCAUUCCCCAGGUGCCUCCUUCCCAACUGUGGGGCGUCAAAGGGAGCCCCACUGCUGCUACCUGGGGGCUGGGGGUACCUGGGCCAAGGCAGAGGGCAGGGGGUUCCCCACCAGAUUCCAUUGUCAGCCCUGGUUGAUGCUUCAGUACUGCCCACUGCCCCUCCUCUUCAGGCUCCACUGUUCCCUCCUCUGCAGCUGCAUCAGGGCGCCAUCUGGUGUCUGGCACGGGUAUGAGCAGCCUGGAGUGAUCGCUGCACACCCAUCCUGUACUCCCAUAGUCCUCCAAGAGGUGGUGGGAAGGAAGGAGUUGCUGGGGGGCAGAGGGGGUGGUCCUGGGCUGCUCAUCUCUUCCCAUCUGCUGAGCUUCUGCGCACAUCUCCCUGGAACUUUUUGUUGUUGUUGUUGUUGUCUGGACGGUUGAGGGUCUGAACCCUUGACCUUGGUGUUAUCAGCACUAUGCUUUCUCCCUGGAACUUAGCCAUACUGUGUGACCUGCCUCUGAACCUGGGUGCCUGGGACACUGGCCUUCUCACAGCUGGCCUUGCCCUGGCCACCCUGUGCCUGCUUCCUUUCACAGCAUUAACCUUCCAGUCUGGGCCCCACUGAGUCAGGCUGGAGAGAGCCCCUGUGGGAGGUGGGUGGGGUUGGGUGGCUGCUUUUCCAGAGGCCUGAGCCAAAACUGUCCCCACGUCUGUCCUUGUGUCUUCCCCCUACCACAAACCAGGCUGGAACCCAAGUCUCCUCCCUCCACAGCUGCUUUCAGUGGGUGGGAAGGGGCGAGGGGCCAGCUUUGGCCUUAGCUAGGCUGCAGGGCCUCUGCCAGCAUGGAGAGUUUAGCCCGCACUCAGCUCCUCCCAGUGGGCAGUCUUGGGUCAGGCCCUCCUCUUUCUGCAUGUGCCACCUCCAGUGGAAAACCAAACCAAAGAGACCACUCUGUGCCAAGUUGACUGUGCCUUAAACAUACUUUCCUUCCAUCCCCACUACUCCCUGGGCAGGAGGCAGCGGAGAGCCUGAGUCCCAUAGCCUCAGAAUUUCUCCCUAAUUCCCUAAGUGUCUCUGGGGCCUGAAGCCCCGACAAUUUAUUUCCUCUUUUGCCCAGGGCGGGCCUGGUCCUGGGAGUAAGACAGAGGGUGUUUGGAGACUUGGGCCUUUGAUAGGCCCACCUGGGCCUUCAUGCUAUGGACCCUGGAUGGAGAAUGUGCAGUUAUUUAUUUUGUGUACUCAGUUUGUAAAUGUAUCAUCUGUAUUCAAUAAACAGGCUGCCCUCCCCAGGGAAGGUUGCCCAUUCAUUCUGAUA